AUGGUUCCGUUCCGAGGAAGCCACUGGCAGACGUCCCUGCUGGCGUUCAGGGCAUCUCUCCCUGUGAGAGCACAACCAAAGAAGAAGAAGAAAGUGGAUGUAAAGAGAGAGCAAGCACAGAAGGAUCGUAUGAAAAAGAAGAUUAAAAAGCUUGAAAAAGCUGCCCCAGAAAUGAUUCCAAUUGAAGAUUUUAUAACACCACUUAAGUACUCAGAUAGCAACAGGGUGCGAAGUCUUGUGCCUCUGUCAUUUGAGGAGACUGAAAGAAGAGUUUUACUUUUGAAAAAGUGGUGUUUGUUUAAGCAGAAACAAGAUAAUGCAGAAAAGAAAGCAAUUCAGAGCCUUGUAGAAGCUCAGCAAGAGGCACUAAAGGAACUGCGCCUUGAAUCUGAGGAGUUGUACCAGGCAGCAAUCAGACGAGAUGAGGGGCUUUUCCCCUUUGAGAGAGAUGGACCUAAUUAUACCCCACCCCUUCCUGGUUACGAUCCUCCUGAAGGAAAAUGUGUUGAUAUCACCAAAGUGUACACACAGUGA